UAAACAAUAAAAUAAAAAAAGAAAGAAAGAAAGAGGAGGAUGCAACAUUCUUAUCGUCGUACGCUACACAUAUUUAGUAAAUGGGUUUGAGUCACAGCGCUACUGAAACCCCGUGAUUAUUACUUGUACUUUUUAUAUCACCUGGGUUUUUACUCGGUUUAUGAACCUUCCGUUAAAUGUGGAAAUUCUUAGUAAAGUAACAGGAGGUGUUUUAGUGUUUCUGUCAUGAAUAAUGAGUUAGUUCUCACGACAGUAGCUGAAAGAUCUCAGAAAAUGAGUGAGGGAGAUUCGGUUGAAUUAUUACCAUUAGCGGACAGAAAGAAAGGAUUGUCAUUAUGGCUAGCAGCUAUUUUCAUCGUUGGAGAAAUGGCUGGCAGUGGAGUUCUAGCUCUACCAAAGGCUCUUGCUGACGCAGGUUGGAGUGGUGUUGUUGUUUUACUUGUUUGCUGUGUAAAUUCGUUGUAUUCAGGAGUUUGUCUCGGCCGUUGCUGGACGAUACUUGAAGAGCGUUACGAUGAGUACAAACAGAAGAACAGAUAUCCCUAUCCAACAAUAGCUUACAGAGCAAUGGGCACCAAAAUGAGAUAUAUUGUAUCAUUUUGUAUUGAUUUUACCUUGUUUGGAGUGGCAACAGUAUUUCUCUUACUGUCAUCUCAACUAAUAGGGAAUUUAGCUGCACAAUGGGGAAUUUCAUUUUGCUACUGGAUCUUGAUUCUUGCUGCCUUUCUGGGACCCCUUAUGUGGCUAGGGACGCCAGAAGAUUUUUGGCUUGCAGCUCUAGGAGCUUUGGGUACGACCGUCAUAGCGUGCUUCUUGUUGAUGGCAGCUCUAGCUAAAGAGGAAUCAGUUUCUGUCCAUGUUGAACAUCCUGCUCCUAGUGUUACAUCCUUUUUCUUGGCAUUUGGUACAAUAUUUUUCUCCUUCGGCGGUGCCGCUACCUUUCCAACUUUUCAGAACGACAUGAAAGAUAGAAGCCAAUUUCCUAAAGCUGCUCUUAUUGGUUUCGCAGUUUUAAUUCUUCUCUAUCUACCGGUUGCUGUAUUGGGGUACAGUGUAUACGGCGAAGAUGUAAAAUCCAGUGUCAUAGAAUCUUUGCCAGAUUCCAACAUAAAGACUGCCGCUGAAGUUCUGCUAGCAAUUCACUUGACUUUUGCUUUCCUUCUAGUUAUCAAUACUCCUGCCCAAGAAUUUGAGGAAUUUUUCAAUGUACCAAAAGCUUUUGGAUGGAAGCGAUGCGUGCUGAGAUCAAGCAUGAUGGUCAUCAUCGUCUUUAUUGCUCAGACAAUUCCUCGCUUUGGAUCAGUCUUAAAUUUGGUAGGAGCAUCGACAAUAACUCUGAUGACGUCUAUCUUCCCUUCUUUGUUUUACUUAAAGCUUUGCUCGCAAACCAGUCCGGAAUGGCCUCAAAGGCAUAUUCCUACGUAUGAAAAAGUGUAUUUGAUAUUUAUCAUGAUCACCGGAAUAAUUGGUGGUUCUAUAUCAACUUAUUCCGCUAUCGAUUCUAUUGUACGGAUAAGCACAUUCAACCCGCCCUGCUAUGUAAAUAUAACCGCAGCCGGCAUACAGCAGUGAUUGCUUGCAAAGAUGCCAAGCAUGGCAUGAAGAUUUUUCUUUCAACUAUUGCAAAGUUAUAGUCCAAUAAUGGAGGAGAUGGAAGCAAUCGCAAAGGAAGAUCGCAAGUGUUAAGAGGAUGCAAAAGAUGCAUGCAAACUCUAUUUCCUGACCAGUAUUCCUUUCUUUUUUUCCCUGGAACAUUUAGGUGGCCAGCAUAAGAUCAGUUACGAGAAAACUAUCUUGUAGCUAAUCUAAUCUCGCAACUAGCCUUCUUGAAUGGUACCUUUUGAUGUAAAUAAUGCAAAUUGCUUUCUUUUUAGCUAGUUUAAAAUGUAAUUAAGUUGUGUGUAUUAAAUAUUUUUUAUACAAAGAAUA